GGGGUCGCUGCACGUCUGUCCUCAGAUGAAGGGGCAGUGCUCUCUACCUCAGAACCUCCACCCCAACAUACGCCUCAGCUGCAGGAAGGGAUAUGGCAUAGGUGCAGAGUGUGACCUCUCCUGCCGAGACCCCAACAACAACAACAACAAUGUGGUGAUCCUGCCUAGCAACAUAACCUCGGACAACAUCCUCAAACACCACUGGCUCAACCCUCCCAAAGUGAAGAGUUUCGUGUGCACCAUGGGUCUGAAGUGGUACCCCCACCCCGAGGUGCUCCACUGUAUUAAAGGAUGUGAGCCGUUCAUGGGCGAUAACUACUGUGACGCCAUCAACAACAGAGCCUUCUGCAACUACGACGGAGGGGACUGCUGCCAAUCCACCGUCAAGACCAAGAAGAAGCCGCUGAUCCGCAAUGCAGAGGUGAGGUGCAGCGGCGGCGACUACUUCAACGGCGUGCGCUGCACAGUCACCUGCUCCAGCGGAUACGUGCUGCAGAUCCAGCGCGACGAUGACAUCAUCAAGAGCCAGGCAGGUCCCUCGGUGACGAUCACGUGUGCGGAUGGGAAGUGGAAUAAGCAGGUGUCGUGUGAGCCGGUGGACUGCGGGUUGCCAGAUAAGUACCACGUGCAUCCUGCCAUCUUCCACUUCCCCCACGGAACCACCUACGGCAAGAAGACCACCUUCCAGUGCAAGGAGCCCGCACAGCUAGUGGGCACCAAUAACACGCUGACGUGCAUGGAGGACGGGCUGUGGUCCUUCCCAGAAGCCCUGUGUGAGCUGCGCUGCCCUGCCCCCCCCGCCGUCCCCCACGCAGUCCUGCAGACCAAACGCUGCAACGACACGGGCCUCAAGGUGGGGUCACUCUGCAAGUACAAGUGCAGGCCGGGCUACCACGUCACCAACAAGCCCAAGAGGUGA